ACUUGUAUGGAGAGGACUGUUGGCCUCUGAAGGGACUGAGCCAGUACAGGCCAGCCUGCUGCUCUUUCUCUCCUUCUCUCCUUUUCUUUUCCCUCUCACUCUCUCUUCCUGCCUGUCUGUUUAAGGAGAGAAAGAUUGGGAAAUUCCUUCAAGCUACUUUACUUCAGGUUUUUGUGGGAUUUAAACAUGCACACUGAGGUUUUGGUACAGUCCAUGUUAGUGCCGUUGUUUCUGAUUCUGCUCUCUACCGUGGAGGACACUUUGUUACAAUCGGUGAGCCAGGUGGGUGGUGUGUGUAAGCUGUCCACAGAGUCGUCCCUGCGUCGCUGCCGGACACCUGAUGGCAAAAUCUGCAGUGGGAGGGGCAAGUGUGACUGUGGCAUCUGCAUCUGCGAGGCCACAGAUCCAGGGAAGUUCUAUGGACCACGCUGCGAAUGCUACGAUUGGGUCUGUGCUACACAUAUUGGGAAGACUUGCAAUGACCGCGGCUACUGUGACUGUGGGACGUGUGAGUGUGAUGAAGGCUGGUUCGGAGAUGCCUGCCAGUACCAGGAAGAGUGUAACCUACCCAAGAAGAAGAGCAAAGAGCUUUGCAAAAACCCACAGGGGGUGAUCUGCUCCAACAGAGGUACCUGCCACUGUGGUGGCUGCAUGUGUAACAAUAAAGACAACAGGGGUCUGGUGACGGGACAUUUCUGUGAGUGUGACGACAGCGAGUGUCUGGACGAGGACACCGGAGAGGUGUGUGGAGGCCAUGGCCAGUGUUACUGUGGAAACUGUUACUGUGCUGCUGGUUGGCAUGGAGACAAAUGUGAAUUCCAGUGUGACAUCAGCCCAUGGGAAAGCAAGCGGAGAUGCACAUCUCCAGAUGGCAAAAUCUGCAGCAACAGAGGGACUUGUGUGUGUGGGGAGUGUAACUGUUAUGAUGUAGAUCCCUCUGGCGACUGGGGAGAUAUUCAUGGAGACACCUGCGAGUGUGAUGAGAGGAACUGCCAUGCAACCUACGACCGAUACACGGAUGACUUCUGUUCAGGCCAUGGCCAGUGUAACUGUGGCAGGUGUGACUGUAAGGAGGGAUGGGCUGGGAGGAAGUGUGAGCAUCCUCUGUCCUGCUCCCUGUCCCUGGAGAGCAGUCUGAAGAAGUGUCGAGGAACAUCCAGUUUGCCCUGCUUCGGACGAGGUCAGUGCCAGUGUGGACAGUGUACUUGCCACCCACCUGGGGACAGUCGUGUUCAUGGCAAAAACUGUGAGUGUGACGACCGUCAGUGCGAGGACAGCAGUGGAACAGUCUGUGGAGGUCACGGCUACUGUUCAUGUGGACGCUGCAUCUGCGAGGAGGGCUGGUUCGGGAAGCUGUGUCAGUUCCGCAGGUCUUGUGACAUGAGCGACACCCAGAGCAAGGAGCUUUGUGAGACCUCCGACGGAGUCGUGUGCAGCGGAAAAGGUUCCUGUCACUGUGGUCAGUGUAUCUGCUCUCCCCAAGACUGGUGGGUGUCUGGAGAGUACUGCGAGUGUGACGACCGAGAUUGUGACAAACAUGACGGCCUCAUCUGCACAGGGAAUGGGUUGUGCAAUUGCGGCAACUGUGAGUGCUGGGAUGGCUGGACUGGAAACGCUUGCGAAAUCUGGGUGGGAGCAGAGUACUGAGGAGGAGAGGACAUUGGUGUUAGAAACAAGAGGACUGGCUGCCCGGAGCGACCAGGAGCUCCACUGAUGGUCACCACCAGGCUGGUAAAACACCACAGCCUGGAAAACCACGGGAGGAGGGAGAAGACAAAACUAAACAUGGAUGUUAUUCUGCAUAUCACUAACAUUCUUUUAUUGUACUGGUUACAAAUUAUCCUUAUAAAACUGGGUGUUGUAGGUAUAAAAGAAACAUAAACAUAUUACCAUGUAAACAUUUGUUUCCAGAACAGCUUUAUGUGUAAUUUUCUUUUAAUUGUAGGAACACUUACAUAUUCAGAUGGCUGCACAUAUUAGAAUGCAGGUACAUGACAAAACCUAAUGUUGGAAACAGAAGAAUUAUUAAGGUGAUCUUUUUGAAAUAUGUGGGAUACUGCAAGGGAUAAUGUAGGUCUGUGUUCCCAAAUUGGACUGAAAGUUCAAUUGAAAGCUCAAAGCAGAGGUUAUUGUUUGAGGUUUUUAUUUCUUUUUAAUAAUAAAACAUUAAAUGUGCCGCAUGACAACAUUUUGCAUGGAAAACAAUGCGAAGACCUUAAUCAUACAUGGCUAUAAAUUUGUUAUAACAUGACAUAACUCCAAUGGGCAUACUUGCAAUGGUAUAUAUAUAUAUUUUUUUUUGAAAAUAAAUCAUUUUAAGAGUG